GGAGCAGUGGCAGUUGGGGAGCAGCCGAUAAAAGGUCUCAUUUCUCCAAGUGCAGGUGCAAGGAUGACUGUCGCUGAGGCCUUGACCAAUCUCAUAUCAGCUCCAAUCACAGACAUAAGGGACGUAAAAAUGUCCGGCAACUGGAUGUGGGCUGCUAAAUGUGAAGGCGAAGGAGCUCGACUUGUGGCCGCAUGUGAUGCCUUGUGUAAAGCUUUAGCAGAAGUUGGUUGCGCCAUCGAUGGAGGGAAAGAUUCGCUAAGUAUGGCGGCUAAAGUUGGAAACGAACUGGUAAAGGCCCCGGGCACCUUGGUACUAUCCGCUUACGCCCCUUGCCCUGACGUCACAAAGGUCGUCACGCCAAAUUUCAAAGGCCCAAGAGCAGGCUCACAAUCCACUUGCAUCAUCUACGUUCGUAUGGGAAGUGACCUAAACCUAAAUAGGCUCGGCGGUUCAGCUCUUGCUCAAGUUCUUCGCCAGAUCGGUGAUGAUCCGGCUGACAUAGAGGACAUGCCUGCUUUGGCCCGGACAUUCACAGCUAUUCAGAAAUUGGUAGUCGAUGGUCUCAUACUUUCGGCCCAUGACGUAUCAGAUGGCGGUUUUAUCGUAGCUCUGCUCGAAAUGGCCUUUGCCGGAAACACUGCCAUUCGAGCUGAAUUGAAAUGCGACACAGAUCCACUAAAUUAUCUUUUCGCAGAAGAAGCUGGAGUAUUUUUUGAGAUUGAGCAUGAGCAUUUGGCUAAGGUUGUGGAAGAAAUUGAAAAGAAUGCAAGCAUAAUGGUCGUUGGAGAGGUUUAUGCUGUUUAUGGACCGGAUGCAAAGAUCGAGAUCCUGUUGAAUGGAGAACAUGUAAUCAACGAAGGCUUGGUUUCAUUGCGAGAAGUUUGGGAAGAAACUUCCGACCGGCUAGGGCUUAUGCAAACUGAUGCCACUUGCUUAGAAGAAGCUAAGGAGGCUCGCUCCACCACAAAACUAGUAGCUUACUCUGCUCCAUUUGAAUGGAAAGCUCCUGCUCUACCGCCGAACUCGUCCCAACAUCUUUCACAAGCUCCUCGAGUGGCAAUUAUCCGUGAAGAGGGCUCGAAUGGUGACAGGGAGAUGGCUGCAGCAUUCGCCAUGUGCGGAUUCCAGCCAUACGAUGUCACCAUGACUGAUAUGCUGUCCGGACAUUCCCUUGACCAAUACAGGGUCCUCGCUUUCGUUGGUGGGUUUUCGUAUGCUGAUGUUUUCGGCUCCGCGAAAGGCUGGGCAGCUGCAAUUCGCUAUAAUCCAGCAGUUCGCCAGGAAUUCCAAAGAUUCCGGAAAAGAUCCGAUACCCUUUCAUUUGGCGUGUGCAAUGGCUGCCAACUGAUGGCCUUACUUGGAUGGAUAGGGGAAUAUGAAGGCACUCCCUCAGUCUUCCUGGCUGAAAACCGUUGCGGACGGUUUGAGUCUUCAUUUGGCCCGGUACGAAUUGAAGAUUCGAGCUCAAUCUGGCUUCGAGGAAUGGAGGGUGCAAUUCUGGGACUGUGGAGUUCACACGGGGAAGGCAGAUUCACCUAUCGCUGUCCUGAAGUCUUCGAUUCCCUUCGUAAUUCCCGCCAAAUUGCUGUUCGUUACGUUGGCAGCACAGGGGAACCCACGAUGCAAUAUCCAUGGAACCCAAACGGCUCCGACGAUGCCGUGGCUGCCAUCUGCAGUGAAGAUGGACGGCAUUUGGCUAUGAUGCCUCACUCGGACCGGUCAUUCCUUUCGUGGCAAUGGCCAGAUUAUCCGAGGGACUGGAAUGCCGAAAACUGUGCAGCUCCAUGGUUGAAGAUGUUCCAGAAUGCAUAUUCAUGGGUUACGGAAUCCACCAGAUCAAAUAGUAAUUGUGGAGUGCUAUAAUUCA